AUCUGGGCACAAAUUCAAGAUCUCCCUUUCCCACAUUAUCAAUAUGGCUGAGCAAAAGAGCCAAAAGUUGCCAGGGGUCCCUGAGACCAUCUUAAAGAAAAGGAAGACCCUUGAGAAAAUCAGGGCUGCAAGAGCCAAAGCAUUGGUUAAACAAAAAAAGAUUUCAAAAGACAAGAGAAAGGUCAUCUUUAAGCGUGCUGAAUCCUAUGUUAAAGAAUACAGAGCUCAAGAAAGUGACGAAAUUAGGAGGAAGCGCCAAAUCAAGUCUGCUGGAAAAUUCUACGUUCCAGCUGAAGCCAAACUUGGGUUUGUUAUCCGAAUCAGGGGUAUCAACCAAGUUAGCCCUAAAGUAAAGAAAGCUCUCCAGCUUUUGAGAUUGAGGCAAAUCAAUAAUGGCAUAUUUAUCAGGUUGAAUAAAGCCACCAUUAACAUGCUACGUCUUGUUGAGCCAUUUAUUGCUUGGGGAUAUCCAAAUCUGAAAACUGUUCGUGAACUCAUUUACAAGCGUGGCUUUGCCAAGGUUAACAAGCAGAGAAUCCCCAUCACGGACAAUUCAGUCAUCGAAAAUUCAAUUGGCAAACAUGGCCUCAUCUGUGUUGAAGACUUGAUCCAUGAAAUUUUCACUGUUGGACCAAACUUCAAGAAAGCAAACAAUUUCCUGUGGCCCUUCAAAUUGAACAACCCAACUGGAGGAUUCAAGAGGAAGACAAACCACUUUGUAGAGGGGGGAGAUUUCGGUAACAGAGAGGAGGCUAUCAAUAAUCUUGUAAGAAAGAUGAAUUAAUCAUAUGUAAAGUCAAUGUGAAGUUCUGCCAGUCAA